CUUCUUUUUCGUCAUGCGUUCGAAGAAGAAUUCUGACAAGAUCGCUCAAUGUGGAGAUGGAUAUUUUCGUCGAACGUCCAAAAGGCGGGAGGCGCUAAAGUAUGCUCUUUUUUAUUAUGAAAUUGCGCCCAUUCUUAUUCCUCCCCUCGCUUUCUUCUCGAUAGUGGGGUGACGACCCGCUCGAGCAGCAAAGCGUCUGCAAACACCGACAAGACAUCCACACGCUCUGCUCCUGAGAAGCCAACCAAAUCGAAAAAGGCUGUCAAACCAUCGAAUACCACGGAUGUAGGCAGCCAACCAAGUGCUGCAGCCAUUGAUGCCGCAGCAAGUGUGACUACCUGUGGAGGCGUAGGGGUCGUCUCCCCCGUCAUUAGUCGCCAUUUUGAUUUUGAAAAAGCAGUGGCGCAUUUGAAAAGCGUCGAUCCAAAGCUGGGUGCUCUCAUGACUCCAAAAUCUCUCGUUGGAUUUGAGGAAAGAUUGCUACAAGCGGACGGUUCCAAUCCGUUUAGAGCCUUAUCGUCAUCCAUUAUAUACCAGCAGAUCAGUGGUAAAGCCGCCGCAUCAAUUCGCGCCAAAUUUAUAGCAUUGUUCGACGCACCAGUUCCCACCGAUGAAGGAAGCACAUGGUUCCCAACACCUGAAAUGGUUUUGGACAAAACACCAGAGGAGUUGCGAUCGGCAGGUUUGUCCGGGAGAAAGGCGGAGUACAUACGAGACUUGGCUAUCAAGUUUGUUGAUAAAACCAUUCAGCCCGAUCUAUUGGAUGCCAUGUCUGAUGAGGAAAUUUCAAAACAGUUGUGCAGCGUCAAGGGAAUCGGACAGUGGACCGUGGAUAUGUACCUAAUGUUCAAUAUGCGUCAUCCUGAUGUAUUGCCCGUGACCGAUCUUGGUAUACGAAAAGGGUUGGCGUUACACUUUAAUAUCCCAAAAGGGACGACCAAAAGGGACACAUUGCCCACACCAGAACAGAUGAGACAAGUGACAGAAAUCUGGAGACCAUAUCGCACCCUGGGUUGCUGGUACAUGUGGUUAUUGACGGAUAUUUACACUGUCGCGGACUAGGAAGGAUGGCCAACUUGUGUGUCGCAAUAAAUUUUGCAGG